AUGAAGGUCUUGAUAUUUGGAGGUAAUGGCAGAAUUGCCCGUGCAGUGACCCGUUUGAUGCUGGCGCGAGGGUGGGAUGUAACAAGUGUCAUUCGGAAUGCCAAACAGAAGCCGGGCAUUCUUCAACUCGGAACCGGGCAUGCUGGACAGGUGGAUGUGGUCCAGUGUGACCUGAGCGAUCUCAAAUCAUCGAAGGAUGCAGCGAAGGUCCUCGAGAACGUCAGACCAACCUGUGUUGCUUUUGCCGCUGGCUCAUUCUCGUUGCCUUACGAGAUUGAUCGCGACGCUGCCCAAAUGAUCAUCAAGGCAUCGACGGACGCUGAAUACGUGCGUAAAUUCCUGAUUAUUUCUUUCCCAGCGUCCCGCAGACAUCCAGCGCCUUGGUGGGACAGACAAGAUGUUCGGCACUAUGUCUCCGAGCGGACAUCCUAUCCUGAUAUAGGGGAUUCGAAAUUGCAAGCCGAUGAGUAUCUUGUUGCUAUGGCGAAAGCACGAAAUGAUCGCAGCGCGUCCACCUUUCAGGCAAUCAGUUUACGGCCUAGUUGGUUGCUGACCUCUCCUGCCACUGGGAAGGUUCAUCUAGGAAAGACACGAUCUCUGGGCCAAGUGACAAUUGGCGAUGUGGCCGCUGUGGCCGUCAGCCUGCUUGCUCGGGAUGAUACAUCGGGGUGGUUUGAUCUUCUGCAGGGAAUGGAUGAAGUGGAUGAAGCUAUUGACAGGGUUGUUCGGGAAGGUAUUGACUGUAUUGAGGGCGAGGACUUGGAAGCCAUCUACAAGGUUGCGGGGUAG